AUGCCACUAAAAAAUUCUGAUCGACUCCUUUUAUGUAUAUCAAAUUGUCUUAUAUUUUUUGCUUGUUUACACGAUUUAUUUAUUGUCAAAUAUCGUUCUGAUAUACAUUUAAUACCACGUUGGAUAUUAUUAUUAGUAUCUAUAUUCUAUAUAAUACUUCUUUUUUUAACACGUCUAUUACCAAAUUUAUUUUCUAAUAUAUUUAUAUUUUUAACAUCAUUUCUUUUAUCAUUAUGUUUAUCUUUAUCAAUAUUUACAUUAAUAACAAAUACAAUAUCAUCAUCAACAAAUUUUAUUUUAUUUAAUUUUUUAUUAAUUCUAUCAAUAAUAUGUUCAUUUAUAUCAAAUUUAAUACGUUUAUUAAAUAAUACAACAUUUUAUUUUAUACAUUAUAAUGAAUUAGCUGAAUUAAUUGGUUUUAGUUUUGGUUUAUAUAUAACAUCACAAUCAAUAUCACUUUAUUAUUUAAUAUUAUCAUUAUAUUUCUUAAUAAUAACAUUACGUUUACGUGCAUUUCAUGGAUUUAUACUAUUGUUAUUUAAUAUCAGUUAUUUUUAUCAUUAUUAUACACCAUAUUCUUAUAUAGCAUGUUUUUGUUUUCUUAUACGUUUAGUUGGAAGACCAAUAAUUGAACUUUAUUUUAUUUCUUUAACAUCACUUGAACGUUGGAUUUUAUUAUUACAUUUAUCAAAUUCAUAUAGAAUAUUAUUUCAACGUUUUAUGAUAUUUAUUUAUUGUAUAUUACCAUUGCAUUGUAUUUAUAUUAUUGGACAAACAGUACGUUUACACGAUGAAUGGUUUAUUAUUGUGCCAGUAUUUAUAAUAAGUGUAGGAAUAUGGUUUUUAUUUCGUUCAUUAACAUUUAGUUUACUUUGGAUGUUAUCGAAUAAAUUAAUUGAUUGUUAUUUAACUAUGAUUCAAGCAAACAGUAAUGAUGAACAUCAUAAGAUUUCAUUUAUUAAAUUAAUGGCAUCUAGAGGUAUUCGAUAUUUUGGUCUUAUUGCUUGGCCAAUUCUUGUAUGUUCAACAUUAUUAACAUCUUUUAUUGGUAUAUUACAUUAUGAUACAUGUACAAGUUAUUCUAUUGUAUUAUUACUUUUAACAAUUCAUUUUGAAUGUUUGAUUUUGGCACUUGUGAAACAGCUUACAUCAAUCGUUGGUGGAUCAUGUAUUGGUUACGCAUUAGUUGCACCAGCAUUUGAAUCGAGACAUUGGGAAUUGAACGCACCAAUUGUCACAGAAGUCGUUUUAAGAUCUCGUGAUAAUGGUUUAUUUUCCAACAGAAAUGUUCAAAUUCUUUCUCAACAAGAAGCUUAUGAUAGUAGUCAACGUUGUACAAAUAUACUCAAUGGUCUUGAACGUUUUAUGGCUAAUAAUUUAAUUGAUAUAUUUGCUUGUGAUUAUUCAUCAACCGGUAUACCAAUGAAUUUUGUUGAUACAAAAUUAAAAACAUUUUUUGCACGUCGUACUAAUGAUGGUCGACAUUAUGAUACAUAUUUCUUUUAUUUUUCUGGCCCAACAUGUGAUAAUGGUGAUAUAAUUUUGUCUGAUAAUCAAAAAAUAACGUUGAAUCUUCUUUUUCAAUGGUGGUGUGAAAAUGAAUCAUCAUUAACAUCAAGACUUAUUCUCGUAUUUGAUACAUUUAAUUCUCAUAAAUGGUUAAAACAAAUACGUUGUCAAACAUUUAAUAAUUCAUGUAAACCAAGUGUAUUUGUUAUUUUACAAACAUUUAAUCGACAAAAGAAAAUGCCAAAAUUAAUUGAAUUAGGUCAAGUACAUUUAGGUAUAUUUACAGAAAUAUGGCUUAAAUUAAAUAUGGUUGAUGAAACAUCAACAACAAAUCAUGAUUCGAAUGCAUCAUGGCGUGCGAAUCAUCUUGAACCGAAAUGUUCAUUUUCAUAUUAUUAUCCUGAAUUUAAUUUUCGUCAACCAUCAAGUGCUGAUGUCGAUAUUUAUUUGAAUGAACAUUCAUUUUUACAACGACUUCAUUUAAUUUAUCAUCUUUUAACAUAUAUUCCAUCAUUGUUUAUUUAUCCAUUUUUAUAUAUAUUUAAUUGUAUAAAACGAUGGCGAUUCCAUUUAUUAGCACCGCGAGUUGUUGAUACUUAUCAUGGUUUUAAAUUAUUUGUUCGGUGA